GGCUGGAUGCGGUGGCUAGACAGGCACGGAGCCAAGAUGAGGGAUGACCUCUGCGUGGGGGAAGGGUACCAAAUGCGCGUGCCGGCCGGUCUGGACUCGACCGUCAGCCUGCUUGCUGAGGGAGAAUUCCCUGUGUAUGCCGCGUCAAUCAAACUCGGCAUGAGAUUCCCUCCACACCCCUUCGUUGUGGAGGUGUUAGAUGGUUUUAAUAUUGGGGUGGCCCAGCUGACCCCCAACUCAUGGGCGGAUAUCUUUGGCUACAUUGCCAAAUGUGCGCUGAACGAUGUGGAGCCGUCCUUCAACGCCUUUCUGCAUCUGGUCUCCCUCUCUCGUUCCCCCAGUGCCGCCAAAGGGUGGUUUAAUCUGAGCAGCCGUGGUACCUACCAGACAGUGGUCGGCAAGCUCAGCAAGUGGCAUAUGUGGAGGAAGAGGUGGGUCGUGUUUUACACGGACGACCAGGAGAUGUAUGAGCGAAUGAGCCGUUGGAACUGCAACGCCAACUUCAUGGAUCGUGACGAGCCCCUUCCACCCCUUACUGCCGAAGAGUGGGAUCAGAUAAUGGUCCUGUUCAGGGCCAACACUUACCACUUAACAGUGGAUAAGAGUUUCCAUGUGCCGGCCGAGUGGUUGCCGCACAUUAGCCAGUUUCGGAACGAGGCUUUUCUAGCGGCCGUAGGCUUAGGAUAUUCCAUGACUCGAGGUUGUAUGCCAAUUUAUGUGCCGCUCUGCCUUGGUCUUAUUCAUUUUUCUAACUUUGGAUUUCUUUUGUUCUCAGAGGAAGGAAUGAGCAAGUUGUCGGCGGCGGAUACCGGGAAAGGCGAUAUGACCGAUUGGAUGGCGGACAUCUAUGAGGCCAAGAUGCAGAAAGCCAAGGCCGAGUUGGAGGAGAAGCAAGCUAAGGACGCGGCUAGGGCGUCAGGGAAGAAGAAGGGGACGACUUUGUCCCAGCUGAAGAAGAGAGCUGUGCCGGCUGGCUCGGAGACUCCGAGUACCUUCAAGAAGCCAAAACCCCUACCUCGCCGUCUCGUGAAGAAAGACGAGUCGAAGGUUGCUGAGGGGGGAUGCCCUGAUGACGAAGAGAUGGGCGUGGACAAGCCGUCUCUGGUGGUGGACUUGGUGUCCAACUCGAGGUCCGGUGGGCAUCCGGACGAGCUGGAGGACCCUCUUUCGGGAAUCCCGGCCGACGUCCGCUCUCAGAUACCGGCGGAGGUGGCCCGCCGAGCUAGGUCUUCGGGCGGUAAGUAUUAUUCGAACGUCGUUCAGACGUAUCGAGCCUCCUCUGGCAGUUCUUCUUACUCUCCGCGUCAUCCUAAGGCCGUUGUUUUUCCUAUAGCCAAAGACAAAGGGAAGGAUGCAGCUGCUGCCGAGGACGAGAACGUACCUGCUACUCCCCACUAUUCGUCAAAGGAUAGGGUGGCUAUAUGCCGCAAGGUUUUUAAGGCCGUCCCCGCAGAGUAUGUUGCUUCUCUUCCUGGCCGCAAGACUGACGCCCAGUUUGGUGCGAUCCAGGCCACUCUUCUCGACUUGUUCUGCCGCAUGGAAUUCUGCAAGAGUUGGAAGACCCGCACUGCUGAGGAGCUCAAAGCUCAGGUGGCUGAGUCCACCCACCAUGGCGACUAUGCGUUCAAGUCCAUUGAAGAGGUCCGCCUGCAGAUGCAGACGACCAUAGACCUUCAAGCGAAGGAGGUGGCUGCGUUGAGAUCUGACAAGGCCGAGCUGCUUAAGAAGAUCUUGGCGCAGGACAAGGACAUGGUGGCAAUGGUCGAGGAGGCCAAGACAGCGGCGGCGGAAAUACGGGCGCUUCAGGACCAGUUGCGGGAGUAUCCUCAGAUCAAAGAGGAGACUGCCCAUGAAAGGAGCCAGAAGUACAAAGAAGAGAAAUCUGUUUUUUAA